AUGGCAAGUUCUCGAUCUAGAUCCCCCAGGUGGAAACCAAGGUCUUUAUCACCAGUACCUAGAAAUUCUGACAACUAUAAACAAAGACAUUUUUAUGGAUAUUAUGGCUCUGACUAUAGGAAGGAUCCCAGAAGACCCAUUGCUUGGAGAAUGGACAAUGAGAAAUAUAGGCAGAGUAAUACAAGCACUCCUUCUCGUGAAAAUAUGUACUACCGGCCUUAUGAAUAUAGAUCACCUUCCCCAAACCUAAGAAGAAACACUUCAGAAAAUUUUUAUAAGCCCUACCAAGUUUAUUCACCAGGAAGAGGGACCGUUAAUAGAAGAUCUCAGUAUAUGCCAGAAUACGCAGAAAGUAGUUCUGAACAUGAGAGGAAUUGUUAUCCCCAGAAAGAGCGAGGAAGGUAUUUUCCUGAUGACUACAGAGGUAGAGGAAGUGGGAAAAGAGGAAAACCACCUCAGAGGUCAGUAGCAAAUUCUUCCCAAUUAGAAGAAAAGUGGCAUGAAGAUGAAUUUAGGUCCCAGUGGACAAAAGAAAAACAGUAUCCCCAGACACCCAGAAGAAAUUCUGAAGACUUUGAGACAAGGAGCUCUUUUAAGAAAAGGUAUCCUGAAGAUCGUCAUUUCCGAAAAUUCCACUAUGCGCCAGAAAGACCUGACAACGUGGAGAGGUAUGAAAGAAGAGAGCCUGCCAAGCAUCCGAGGUGGAAGUCCAUGCCUUCUCAUUCACCUUAUCAAGAAAACAAAAGUUCAAAGAAGAACUUUGAACUGCAGACUCAUGCUGACAAGGAAGAAGACUCCGAGACCGACUCAGUAACCAAGAUAUCCUAUGACUACCGCAGCAGGCACACCAAACCCUCAGAUGAGAACAAGGACUUUUCUGAUGGAAGAACUCAGAAGUACUCCAAGGAAAAAGAUAGAAGGAACAAUUUUCAAAAAGGCCCUGUAACAAGAGAAUCAGAAUAUUUUAAUGCUGGCAGAGGGAGAGAGACUAACGAUGAGCUAGUCAGAGUACCUUUUAAGCAAACUAAGAGAGACUGCACAGCUGGUACUCGUUCAAGUAAAACUGUUACUGAUUUGAGGCUUUUUAAUGAAGAACUGGAGGGGGAAAUGAAGAAACAAGAGAAUUUAACAAAAGAGAGCAAUUCUUCCAGCAACUAUCUUGAUAAAAGUAAAAACCUUUCAGAUGUGAAAUCCACAUAUUUUAGUCAUCAGAAGAAAUUUCUAACAAUUAAAGUAAAUGUGAAGAAUAGAGUAGAUCCAUCCAGGAUUGCUUCUAGCUAUUCCACAGAGAGACAGAUGUCACAUGAUUUGGUUGCUGUUGGCAGGAAAAGUGAAAACUUUCAUCCAGUGUUUGAACAUCUUGACUCAACUCAGAAUAUUGAAAACAAACCUACAGGAGAAUUUACUCAGGAAAUUAUAACAAUAAUCCAUCAACUUAAAGAAGAUUAUUUUCCAACACAUGGCAUUACUCUACAUGAACGUUUUUCAAAAUUGCAAACUACACAAGAUGUACAUGUGGAUGAAGUUAAACUGAAAUCAGGUCCUCAGAUUCACAGGAUAAUAGAUAUGUCUUUGACUGAGCUUCAGAAUAAACAAAGUAUGGACUAUGAAUCAGGUCAGAGUCCAGUUAAAGUGAUAGAUCCAAAUGACUUACGACAUGACAUUGAGAGAAGGAGAAAAGAACGAUUGCAGUUUGAAGAUGGACAAAUUUUUCAAGUAGCUAGUGCCUCGGACAGGAAUGAACAAUGUUCCAGUUUUUCAAAUUUGAAGAAUACCAAUGAUGAUGGAAUAAAAAAAUCUGUAUAUUUCUCAAAACCAAAUUUUAGAAAGUUUGUUCAGAAGCCUAGCAAGACCGACUUUAGAGAUGCCAGAAUCCAGCCCCAUUAUAAAUCAGGCCUAGUACAGAAGAGCUUGCACAUUCAAACUAAAUAUCAGCGUUUACGAUUUGUUGGUCCAAGGGGAUUUAUCACUAAUAAAUUCCGCAAAAAAGUGCUGAGGAAAGACAAGACCCCCAGCGCCUCUGGUCUCGAGGAGUCUCGCGGCACUUUCUGGGACUCGCGCCCCGCCGCCGCGGGUGGGAGGCGGCAGCGCAAAGCUGCGUACCCCCGAGUGGGCGGAAACCCGGCGCAGCCGGGCGCAGCGGCCGCGAUGCAGCAGCGGCAGCGGCAGCAGCAGCAGCAGCAGCAGGAGCCGCCCCGGGGCAGCACCGGCCGCAGCAGCAGCAACAGAGGCAGCAGCAGCGGGCGGCGCUGA